AGUAUUUAAUUAACCAUUUUACAAUACACACUCUGUAUACUGCCGCGUACCGUCGUCAUACAAACACUUGGUAUUACAUAGCAUGUUUUAAAUUAUUGAUCGGAGCGGAAAAGCGCUUUCCACACCGCAUUGGGUAGAUUUUCCUGCCAAUUUUCACCGGGAGUUGGCGCAAGUUAAAAGGUAUGAAAACCUUUAACCUCAACAUGUGCUCCAAUAUUUACAAAGAAUAAAAAUAAUAACAAUAAUAUUGCUAUUAUUAGCUUUCAAGUCAAAUAAUAUGGAACUGAGAAAAACAUAAUUGAAUUGAUUUAAUACGGCAAUGCAAUGGUCACUUUCCUACAAAAAGUAAAGCAACUGUUCCUCCUAACCAUAAUCUUCACAUGUAUAAUUUUAUCCAUAAUUUUUAUCCACAAAAACCCUUUAAACCUCAGCAUACUAAAUCUAGCCAAAUUCACAAAAAACACCGACUCAAAAUACCCCUCAAGUUUCGUAUGGAAACUGACUGCAUACCCGGAAAAUAUAAGUUACUGCAACUUCAAUUACGGACUGCCAGAAAAACUGACUUUCAACGAAAGCGAUUUGAGUUUUUCCCCGGAAUCAGAGAAGCCCGGGAAGUACCGAGUACUCUAUGACGUCAUCAGAAACAAACACACGCCGGAAGUGCCAGAAGUCACGUAUGCAACACACGUUACGGCCGAUUUUACCAGCUAUGUUGCAGAAAUCGCCAGGGUGUGGGAAGGUCCCAUAAGCGUUGCCGCUUUUACCCCACAAACCGACCUAAUAUUAACAUUAAACAUAAUUAAUCAAUUAUGCUAUUGUCUUCCAGAAAUGACCAGGGUGUCAUUACAUCUGAUUUUUCCUGAAGAAAAUGUACCCAGGGAAAAUUUAGUGAUAGCAAAACCUAAAAACUGCUUAGUUCCUAAUUCAGAAAAACUUGAAACUAUUAGAUCAAGUAACAGAAGCGUUAAAUAUCCUAUUAAUGUUUGUAGAAAUGUGGCUAGAGUUGCCAGUAGUACUAAAUAUGUCCUUGUGUCAGAUAUACAGUUGAUUCCAAGCGACUUCUUGGCAUCAAAGUUCAUACACAUGCUAGAAAAGCAUCGCAAGCCCUUAAACAGCAUGACAAAAGUAGUUUUUGUCAUCCCCGUUUUUGAAGUAGAGUCAACAGUAGAUAUUCCAGGAAAUAAAUCGACUUUACUUCACCUCUUAAAGACUGAACGCGCUGUAUAUUUUCACAGAUAUGUUUGUUCACAUUGCCAAAAAUUCCCUGGGAUUGAAAGGUGGUUAGAAAGUAAUAAUAGGGAGGAAAUAACGCCUUUUCUGACUGUAAAAAGAGAAAUACCAUAUCAAAGAUGGGAACCUAUUUAUAUAGGAACACAUUCAGAACCUUUAUAUAAUGAAAACCUUUCAUGGGAAGGUUUGCAGGAUAAAAUGUUACAAAUGUUGGAAAUGUGCCUUUUAGAAUAUAAAUUCCUUAUACUAGACAACGCUUUUUUAGUCCACUGGCCGGGAAUAAAGCGCAAAAAAACCUACGAAGAAUUUUGGAGAACUGAUGCGCAAAUUGAAAAUUCGAUUCAAUACAAAAAAACGCUAAAAAAGUUCCUGAAUAAAUUCCGCAGCAAAUCGAAAUGUCAAUUAAAAUAAAAACUACACAAUAAAAUUUAUAUCAAAUAAUAAAUAUUAAUUUUUAUUGAAAACCUUACCAAAAAAACAAUUAGAAGUAUAAACAUUUUAUAAUAAGUUUAUUGUUAUGAAAUUACACAAAAAUGGGUUGGACAACAAAAAUUGCUUCUAAUAGUAAAUUAAUGCCCAUACCUGAAAAUAAAAAUAAAUUAAAAUUAGUCCAAAAAAUAGGCUUGUAAAACAAUAGACAAAAUUUUUACGUACUUCUGAAAUUCCCAUUCUCUAUUAUCCAACGGGCAAACUUGCCGAGUCUUUAACCAUCUUGAAAUACAGUGAAAAUGAAAGGCGUGCUAAAAAAUCAACGAUAUAGACAAAAAAAUAAAAAAUAUUUAAAAAUUACAUUACAAACGCCCCAAGCUACAGUGCAUUCCUCUGAAGUGGCAGAGGCCUGAUUUGCCUGACAUUCUAUACACAAAUCCAUUAUAUGAUUGCGGCAAAUAGCGCAAUUAUCCACAACAAUGUCUAAAAUCAUCAAAAAACACAAAGAAAUAUGUCAGAAGAACCAAUUUAGGACAAUAGAAUAUUAUAACAAUAAAUUCAUAAAAAAUCUAUUUUAAAUAUAUUUUCUGUAUACUAAAACUAAUAUUUCUUACCCCAAGCCCAUAAAGCAACGGCAUUCCACUAAAAUAAACAAAUAUUGUUAAUUCAUUGAACAAUUGAGGUUAUGUCACGCACCUUUUUGACUUCAAAACGCUUUUUUUCGCCUUUUGAGCUGCUGGUGGGCAUUUCAACUUCAUCAACGUCCACGUCCAUCGCACUUGCCAUCGUUUUAACUGUUUUUUGCUUGCAAUCUAAUUUUUUACCCCAAAUUUCUUAUUGUUAAUCGAUUUGAUGUUAACAGUUCUACAAAAGUGUUG